GUGAAAUUUUCAUGUGCAUUCACAUAUUCACCUUUGACAGUUCGGUUUAACACAGCUGUUGACGAUUCCGAAUUUCUUCUAGUCUCGCUGGAUAUUGAAAAUGGAUUUUUUACCUUGUGGUAUGUACUCAAUGGCGGAUUCGACGCUUCCAGACUCCAUGGAUGGACACGGUACCCUUGCGAAAAAAAGCCGCGAAAAAAGUACGGUGACGGGAAUGGCCACGUUGACUAGGGAAGAACGACGCAGAAGACGGCGGGCUACCCAAAAGUACAGAAUGGCUCAUGCUACGCGCGAGCGAGUUAGAGUCGAGGCGUUCAACGUGGCGUUCGGAGAAUUGCGGAAACUUUUACCCACGAUACCACCCGACAAAAAAUUGUCAAAAAUCGAAAUAUUAAGACUCGCGAUAUGUUACAUUAUGUAUUUAAACCAAUUUUUGGAAACGUAAAUUGUUGAUGUUCGUGGUUUCGGACUACCCGUGACCCUCGAUUAUAGGCUUACAUAAUAUAAUUAUAAAAUAGCCACUAAACAAUUUUAAUCCUCGAGAAUUGAAUACAAAGUAUUAUAAAUUUAUAGUCAACAAUGAUUCGAUAUUUAUCAAUUUAUCAUUUUUUAACAGUUACAACAAGAGUAGAUUCUAUGUAUAUAUAUUGUAUAUCAUUAUAUUAAACGUUGUUUGAUUUGGCAAAACAUUGUUCUUUAGAAAUUUUCAUUUUACUUAUUUAAUAGAAACAUCUUUUAUUAUUAUUAUUAUAUUUUGCAUAAACUAAUGUGAUUGUGCGUAAACACAUUUUUUUUAUGAUUAUAUUUUAUAAUUUGUUUAUUUUUUAUAAACUAUAUAUUGCAAUACAUUUGUUUCAUUUUUCAAAUUUAUAAUGAUCGAUUUUUUAUUGCAAAAUAAAUAUUAUAUAUAUUUGAUAUUUCUUUACUAACUUGUAAUUUAUAAUAAUUCAUUUUUAUGUAAAAAAGAGUCAGGCAUGUAGGAUGUACCUACUAAAUUCUAAAUAUUAUCAUUACAGCUUGUAAAUAAAUUGCAAUCAUAGGCGAGCUUCGCAGUUUUCUUGACAAUGGUGGUCAUCUGACCAUUUAAUAUGUGGAUUUUUGGACGUCUAUAAUUGUAAUUGAUUGAAAAUGUUAUACUUACGCUACCCACAUAGGUAUAGAUGGUAUAGUAUAUAUUAUGCUUACUGUUGUCUGUUACUAUAUGCAGGAUAGUAGGACUUACUACUUCAUAUUAUUAUUAUUAUUAUUAUUUAUUUACUAUAAUUAUCUAAACUUAGUACUAAUGUUUAUCAUACGUAUAUACCUAGGCUGAAUAAGUGCAAUACAAAUAUUAAUGUUAAUAAUAAAUAACUAUUAAUAAGUACGGACUCAAAAGGUUAUGACAUAUUAGUUAUUGAUAAACAUGAUUGUACACAAACAUGUAUUUACUAAUUUACUUUAUAUAAUAAUAAUAUAUAGAGG